AUGAAUGUGACGGAGGAGGCGUCCUACAGAGAGGAGGCGCUGCUGAGUAACUCCUCAUGGGGGGAGAGCCUUCACAACUUCACCCUGGCCCCUCCACUCGUCAAGAGCGGCACCCCCAAACCGGCAGCGUGCGAGCAGAUGCACAUUGCUGUCGAGGUUUUUCUGAUCUUGGGAAUCAUCUCUCUUAUGGAAAACAUUCUAGUCAUCAUAGCGAUCGUCAAGAAUAAAAACCUGCAUUCACCCAUGUAUUUCUUUGUUUGCAGUCUGGCCGUGGCAGACAUGCUGGUGAGUGUCUCCAACGCCUGGGAGAGCAUCAUCAUUUACAUGCUGAACAACGGGCAGCUGGUGGUGGAGGACCACUUCAUCCGACAGAUGGAUAACGUCUUCGACUCCAUGAUCUGCAUCUCUGUGGUGGCCUCUAUGUGCAGCCUGCUAGCCAUCGCAGUGGACAGGUACAUCACCAUCUUCUACGCUCUCCGCUACCACAACAUCAUGACCGUGCGGCGCGCUGGCUGCAUCAUCGGUGGAAUCUGGACGUUCUGCACCGGCUGCGGCAUCGUGUUCAUCAUCUACUCGGACUCCACCCCGGUCAUCAUCUGCCUGGUGUCCAUGUUCUUCGCCAUGCUCCUCAUCAUGGCUUCCCUCUACAGUCACAUGUUCAUGCUUGCGCGCUCGCAUGUCAAGCGCAUCGCCGCUUUACCAGGUUACAACUCCAUCCACCAGCGCGCCAGCAUGAAAGGAGCCAUAACCCUGACCAUACUCCUGGGUAUUUUCAUCGUGUGCUGGGCCCCAUUCUUCCUCCAUUUGAUUCUGAUGAUUUCAUGUCCGCGGAACCUCUACUGUGUUUGCUUCAUGUCACAUUUCAACAUGUACCUCAUUCUCAUCAUGUGCAACUCGGUGAUCGAUCCGCUAAUCUACGCCUUCCGGAGCCAGGAGAUGAGGAAGACUUUUAAGGAAAUCAUAUGUUGUUAUAGUCUGAGAAAUGUGUGCAGUAACCUUUGUCCGUUGACGGGUAAGUACUAA